UUCUGCGCCCACAGGUGGUACUCGCUUCUUCUUCCGCAUCUUCUUCUUCUACUUCUUCUUCUGCUUCUUCUACUUCUGCCAUUGCUCCUUUUCUUCAGCUGACUCUCAUUUACGACUUACCGUGAACGCUAUCGACGAAACUCUCCCCGGCGCUACGAGGGAAAGCGAGCGCUUCUUUCCGACGAAGGUGGUUACGCAGCGGUAGUGGUGGUGGUUCUGGUGGUGAUUGUGGUAGCGGAUUUUUGUGUGACAGUGCUAUGAUGGUGGUAUAUUACAAUGGUGGAUCCACCACUUCCGGUUCCUUGCCCGUGGACUAAUCGUGCGAUAAUCGCCUGGUGGUGCGAAAGGUAGGCGGACGUGUCGCUCCUCCGCCGCCAGAGUCGCGUUAUCGACCGCAUUUAGCGCGACGUGGACCUGUUGUCCAACUUGUUGCUCGUCCUGCGGGCAUCCCCCGAUUUCACCUUCUCGAGCAGGCCUCCCCUUAAGAAGCAACCUAAGUAAGAAGGCAACGAGAAAAGGAUAAAAAGAAUUUAGAAAAAAGGAGGGAGGAUAGAGGAAAUAAAGUAGGGAUAUAAAAAGGAAAGAGGAAGAAAAAAUUAAGAGAUCCAAAUAUGAGGAUAAAGGACGGAGGACGCGAACGACCUUAAGGAUCGCUUCUUCCUCAUCCUUGCGUGCAAAUAAGAGAGAGAGAGAGGGGGGAGAGAGACGUCAAGACUUUCACAUAUAUGUAAACUAAUUAUUCUAGAUUAUAGAAAGAGGAUAUGUUAAGAUUUAUUAGAAUAGAGUGACAUGCAUAUUUAUAUGUCGCUCGAACAAUCAAGUACUGUUUGCACAUGUAUGCACAUAGAAAAAGCAAUAAUCUUCCACCCACGAGAAUACAACGAAAGCAAUUCUACACAAGGUAAAUAAAGAAUUAUCAUUGCCCUCUGAGGUAUUUAACUGAAUUUUAAGUAGAAUAUUCAAAUCAUUAAUAUUAGGAGCUACAAUGAUAAGAUUUGAUACUCAUGUUCCAGUUGGAAGGGUUUUAUUUAUUUAUAAAUCCUGUUUUAUCGUGCAACGAUUAAGGUAGUUCGAGGAACUUGGAAUAGAGAUCUACGGAAGAGAUAAGAAAAUAAAUAUAAACUUUGUGAAAGCCUCCUUAGGAAACUGGGUAAGCCAGAUCGAAGUGGCUUCAAAAAAAGGAACCAAAGCAAUUCUCAAAUAUAUAAGUGAAGACUGAAGCUUAAGAAGCGACAUCCGCAGAAAAAGAAUGCGGACUUAUUUGUAGUUUUUUAUAAUUCUGAUUCUAAUAAGUGAAGUAAAAGCGUCGCAAGACUUGUUGAACUUAAGGGGGUUUGGAAGUAUUUUAUGGUGCAGAUAGAAUAACGAAUUGAUCUCGUGGUUCGGCGCAAGGUUUUCCAAAAGGUGCGUCAGUCAAUAUUCAAAAUGCCACGCUGCUACAUGGUGAAGAAAGCUUUAUGCAACAAGUAUAUAAACAGCGUCGCCAGAGGAUUUGAGAACCGGGGUCGAGGAAGAAGCACGCCGUCCCCAACCAAUGUGCAGCCGCCCGUCUCUCCUCUGAAAGUCAACCCUUACCCUAUUGCACUUCAAGAAAAGCAUUCAUCUGAGGGAAGAGCUGUUUCUCCAGUAUCAUCCGUAUUAUCGUCUGACUUGCCGAUAAAAAAUCGAUUUGAAAGAGUUCAAAACCUUCUAGAAGAGUCUUCAGACGAUCCGAAACUAUUAGUACUGAAAACAUCCAGUCGAAUUCAAAGAGAUCAGGACAUUCAACAAAAACAAAUAGAACAACCAACAGAAAAAUUCGAGGAGCAGUCUUCACCAUCUAAAAAAUGUACAAUAAUCUCAAUAGACACAUUUCCCGCGGGCCAAUUCCCAAGAUUUCGUACUGUCAAAGAAAUUACAAAAGACCAAUCAACAUUAGCCUUAGUGGAAACCCCUUCAUUAAUAUUAGUAGAAAACCCUGCAUCAAGCAGAUUCCACAGAGUUCAGGACGUGAUAGAAAAUGCAAUAGCAGAAUGUACCGAAACCUCGGGCGUAAAAUCUCCUGCAACUCAAUUACAAAAACAGGAUCAAAAAGAAAAUGUAAUAUACAAGUGUUUAGAUACAUCGGACAAGUUUCCAUCGAGGCGGCUCAAAAAGGUCCAAGACGUAAUAGAAGACGUGAUAGACCAGUGCAGUACUCUGCCAAAUGUUUCAACAGCAACAACAACAGUAAUAACUCGAUCAGGAACCACCACCACGACGACAAUUCGUCAACCACAAGAAUUUCGAACGCCGACACCUCCGCCUUCUCGCCUCGAAGAAGCCCAAACCAGGAUAGAAUCAACGGGGCCAAUAAAGUUUAACGAUGAUCUUAGGCAAAGACAAAGUUCGCCAGUAUCUUUAACGGAAGCGUGUACCUCUCGCCUGGAAGUACUUGCACCUUUCAGACACUCGCCAACAUUGUCAGAGCGUUUCUCAAAUUCCUCAAGAUCAGUCAUCGUCUCUCCUGACAAAUAUCAAAGCCAAAACGAUGGAAUGCAACUCUUUAGGGACAGAUCUGCUGCGGAAACAGAAGCUGCUCAUGAUUUGUUGGAAUUGUCUCGUUCUUUGCCUCCAUUGCCCCAACCGGGUGUAGCAAUUGGUCCCCAAAAUGUCGUUGAAGCACCGGCAACUGAUGUGCAAGAAAUGAGAGUAUAUCAAGGUGAGACUCCUGUUUAUCAAGUUAAUGCGAUUUUCGCGAGUGACUUGAUGAACAGUGGGAUUUAUCACCAGCAUCAAGGAGAAAUAAUUUAUGAUCCCACGCAUGCUAGAACGAUUGUCCAGCAAGCACCUGGGGGUGUUUUUAUACCAUUAUCUCCUGUUCAGGAAAUUCUAUUUACGUAUGCGACACCAUCUGUGCCGUCAAUGAUCACUGAGCAAUCAAUAGAACUUGCGCCGUCGUCAAUGUUCGUCGAUCAAUUGACAGGCACUAUGACGCCCUCGACGAUCGACGGGCAGUCAAUAGGAUCUCCGCCGUCUUUAAUGAUUGGCGAGCAAUCGAUAGGAUCUUCGACACCUUCGAGGUUCCGGCAAUCGAUAGGAUCUGAGGCCUCGUCGAUGGCCAUGGAGCAAACGAUAGGAUCCGAGGCGUCUUCAAGGUUUGAGGAGCAGUCGAUAGGAUGUUCCAAGACGUCCAUGAUUACCGAACAAUCAAUAAGAUCUGGUACUUCAUUGAUAUCAGGAUCUGGAACUUCGAGGAUUGUUGAGCAAACGAUAGGAUCUUUAGCGCCCUCGAUGUUCGACGGGCAAUCGAUAGGAUCAUCGAGGACUAUGAUCGUUGGGCAAUCAAUACGAUCUAGGACGCCUUCAACAUCUACAUCAUCGAUGAUCGUCGAGCAAUCGGUAGGAGCUGAGAUACAACCGAGAAUCGAACGGCGAUCAAUAGGAACUUCGCGAUCGUCGAUGAUCGUCGGGAAAUCAAUAAGAACUGGAACACCAUCAAUAUCAAUAUCUGUCGCGUCGACGAUGCCCACCGAAAAAUCAACCAAAUCUAUUACCACAUCGACAUCAGGUUCGUCGAUGAUCGUCGAGCAAUCGAUUGGAGUUUCUUUAGGAUCUGCUACGUCGUCGAUGCUCGCUGAAAAAUCGAAGAGAUCUGGGACACCAUCAAUGUCAGGACCGACGAUGAUCGUCGAGCAACCGAUAGGAGCUAGGAAGCCAUCGGUAGGAUCUGUCGCAUCAUUGAUGCUAGCUGAUCAAUCAAUGAGUUCCGGGAUGCCACGUAUAGCAUCUGCCACGUCGAUGAUUGUUGAGCAAUCGAUAGGAUCCGUGAUGCCACCGAGGAUCGUCAGGCAACCAAAGGGAUCUGUCACCGCUUCGAUGAUCAUCGAACAAUCGAUAGGAUCAACGACAAUGUUAAGAAUGGAUGAGCAAUCGAUAGGAUCUUUGACGCCACCGAGUUCAGGCGAGCAAUCGAUAGGAUCUGUGACUUCGAGAAUUGUCGAGCAAUCGACAGGAUCUAUAAGAUCAAUAAUUCUCAAGCCAUCGACAGGGUCUAUGACACCCUCGAGUAUCACCGAGCAAUCGAUAGGACCUGUGUUGACGCCGAUAAUGGUCGAUCAACCUAUGGAAUCUGUUCCUCCUUUGACGCCUCCAAAUUCUGAGUGUAGUAGUGAUAUUGAAAACAAUAAUCCUAAUUGGCAAGCUAAUUUAAAGAGUAAAGAGGUCCAGGCUAUUACGGAUCAAACGGAGACGAAGGCUGCUGCUUAUACGUAUGAUACACUGCUUGUUGCUGAUGGAAGAUCGAAAAAUAAGAAGGGACAUUUGCAACAGAAAGAUACCCCUGAAGCUGAACCUCUGGAUACUAUCGAAGUUCCUAAGGCUGGAAGAUAUGUUUGCUGCGAGUGCGGUAAACAAUACGCCACCUCAUCAAACUUAUCACGGCACAAACAGACGCAUCGAAGUAUAGACUCUCAAUCGGCCAAAAAGUGUGUCUACUGUGGAAAGGCUUACGUCAGUAUGCCAGCACUAGCAAUGCACGUAUUGACUCACAAAUUGACGCACAGUUGUGGAAUUUGUGGAAAAAUGUUCUCCAGACCUUGGCUACUUCAAGGUCAUUUGCGAAGCCAUACAGGGGAAAAACCUUAUGGUUGUGCACACUGCGGGAAAGCUUUUGCAGAUAGGUCGAAUCUGAGAGCUCAUAUGCAAACGCAUUCAGCUGACAAAAAUUACGAAUGUCCAAAAUGUGGAAAAUCUUUUGCACUCAAAUCAUAUUUGAAUAAACAUCUGGAGUCAGCUUGCCAAAGAGAAAAUGGUGACGACAGCAGUAAUGAUGUUGAUUCUAUCGUCACCUUAUAAACGAAAGCAACGAUUAUUAAGACUUUAUCAAAUGCAGUUUAAAAUUAACUGCAAAAAGUAACGUCGACGGAUAUUAAAAUUUAUCGUCUACCCUACAAUUACCCAGCACGAGUAUAGGAAUAAGUGACGAUUGAAAAGCAAUCACAAACGUUCGAGGACCAGGAAAGCAAUACAAGUGUCUCGUACUUUAUAUUUCGUUCGAACAAUUCAGGAUUCCUAUUAAAUGACAAUCUCAUAUAUAUUUUUUCUGUUUUAAAAUACGUUAUAAAACCGUUCCAUUUUAUUCUUUAAAAAAAUGAACGUGAAAUCGUAUAAUAGCAUUAUUAUCAUCAUAAAACUCGACUAAAAGAGCGUAAAAGACGAAUCUAGCGCGUUUGACUUUACGAUCUUUGGUACUGAAAAGAGUUUGGUCAAGGCACAAAAAGAUCAUUUUAAAACAAGAAAUUUAUUUGAGAUUCGCAUUUUAUCAAGACACUCCGAUGUAACUUGAUCGGAUAAUAGGAAUCUGCGUCCUUUCCUCGUGUACAUUUAUAUUUUCUACCAAAAGACACUUGAUUAAAUAUUUAAGUGUCAACCAGUACCUUUGAGCCAAAAUGGUUCUUGCCAAGAACGCAACGAGACAUCGAAUUUUCACUAAGUAACUUUUUAAAUCCGUCUUAUUAUGACACAAAACUCGACAGCGUCAAUUCCUUUCAUACGAAUGAGUAUUAAAGGGAAGAUUUAAAAAAAAUUUCCUUUCUUCUAGAAAAGAAUAAAGGAAGUAAUUAUUUUUAAUAUCGACUAAGAUAUCUGAAAAUGCAUAUCUCAUUCGUUAUAGAUACGAUUUUCCCAAGUAGAGCUUUCGAUUUAUGCAAAAAAACAAAAAAUCAAUAUUUAUUUCUAGAUUUUAACUAAUGUAAUCUAAGGUUUACAUAUUUGAAGAAUUUUUCUGUGCUUUAAUUAAAUUUCUAUGCGAAUAUAUUUCUUUAGUCUUUAGCGCAAAAAAUAUUUUUUUACUUUGACUAGAAGUGUGUAAAAAUUAUUGCCAGCAAACGAAAAAUAAAGUACGUUCAAUCUCAUUUCACGAAACCUCGCAGGGUAGUCGCACGAAUAAUAAAUCGUUUAUAGGUUUACGAAAUGUUUAUCGCUGAGGCAUUAUUAUUAAAAAUAAUUACAUGCAAGCAUUAAUAUAUUUAUAGUGUAUCGUGUUUGUACCAAAAAAGUGCAUUUUUUCUGAAGAGUUAAAAAAGAUGGUCUCAGACAAAUUUCCCUUCAUGUUGAAUUUCAGUAGAACUAGAGUUUUUUUAAUCGACUGUAUGGCAUUUUGAUUAAAAAAAUGACUCAUAUUGAAUCUGAAAGUGGUUAAACGUCUAAUGGACAAAUUUAAUUAGAUUUAAAUUUUGAAGAAAAAAAAUCAAAGAAAAUAAUGCACGAAGUUUGGUGCAUCUUUGUAGAAUUCCUAGAAACGUUCUUUGGGCGUUGACUGAAUGUGAUGACUGUCCAGAAAACGUCAAUGCGACCUCACGUGUGUCCUGAAAAAUAGCUCAACAUUAGACACUCAAAUAAUUAAUUAUAUUGUCAUACGCAUUUGAAUUGUUGUUAAUUUAUUCAGUUCAUUUUAUGUUUCCGAUUAUAAUAUAAUUGAUCUGUUAUAUGAUUAUUUUAUUUAUUGUUAAAUGAUUCAAUGAAUUAAUAUUUUAUUUCAAACUCUAAAUUUCUAGUCGGAACCUAGUAGAUAUUUUAUUUUUAACCUACUCAAUAUUAGCACAUUUGGCAAAGAUGUUUUUAAAAAUAGUGAGAACAAUAUAGUGAUAUACAUGAAUUAAUAGUCAAAAAAGGCAGUGAAUUUAUUCUCAGUGAAUACCAUAUGUAUUAGGAAUCUUUUUUUAAUGAAUUAAAAAUAGGCAAAACCUUGAAACGUCCUGACACAUCGACGAUUUUGAACAAUUUAUCAAAAAAUAAAAAUUUUGAUCUACUUUACUGUGGAAGGAAAAAUCUUAUCAAGGUCUGUAAUUUCAAUUUAUAAUUAUAAUAUUAUUAAAAAUUAUAGAGAAUGUUUAAAAA